AAUAUGGACUCUUAAAAAUGUACUUUAAAAGUCAACUUACAGCACUAGUAAAAAGAUGAUAAAGCUAGAUGUUAGUCUUUACAUCAAUCAGUGCCUGGAGCUCAUUUGCCUUGCAAAUACUCAAUUGUUACAUUCAGUGCUUCUUCCUGCUCACUUAAAUGAUUAACUCCACCCCAGAAAAGAACUUUGUCGCAAUUUCUGGAGGAGAGACGGAUCGUGCCCCUCAAACCAUGGGGCCUGUCAGCUACUCCUCAGAGACCUAUGACUUGAGCCAGGUGGAGCUGAGUGGUUACUAUGAAGCUGAGAACACCACCCCUUCUUUGGAGGGCUACUUCUGCUUCAACCCAGCCUCAUCUGUGGUUGGCAACCAGGGAGACCCCUUCAGAAAGGUCUUCAUGCCCCUCAUCUAUCUGCUGAUGUUUGUGUUGGGGACUCUGGGCAAUGCUCUGGUCCUGGUCAUUUUAGAGAGGUUCAAGCGGUCUCGUACCACCACAGAAAACUUCCUUUUCCACCUCACUCUCGCCAACCUAGCACUGUUGCUCACCUUCCCAUUCAGUGUGGUGGAGAGCCUGGCUGGGUGGGUAUUUGGGAGGUUCCUCUGUAAGAUACUCAGUGCUGUCCACAAGAUCAAUUUCUACUGCAGUAGCAUGCUGCUGGGGUGCAUCGCAGUGGACCGUUACCUGGCCAUCGUCUAUGCGAUCCACACCUACCGCAAACGCAGAGCUCGCUCCAUCCAUCUCACCUGCACGGCUCUCUGGCUCUGCUCAUUGCUUCUGACUUUACCUGAUCUCAUCUUCAUGGAAGUCUGGACAGAUGACAGCAACCGCAGCAUUUGCUAUUUUCCAGAAGUUGGGAUUGAUGGAAACAAUGCAUGGCUGGCAACUCGCUUCCUCUACCACACCGUGGGCUUCUUUGUGCCUCUGCUGGUCAUGUGUUACUGCUACAUGGCCAUCAUCCGGGCACUGUGUCAGUCCCAGCGCCUGCAGAGGCAAAAAGCUGUCCGUGUGGCCAUCCUGGUCACAGGCAUCUUCCUUCUGUGCUGGAGCCCAUACCACAUUGUCAUCUUCCUGAAUACACUUACCAAGCUAGAAGCCUUCACCAAGAACUGCCUCCUGGAAGACCAACUGGACACAGCCAUCAUGGUGACAGAGGCCAUUGGCUUCACACACUGCUGCCUCAACCCCAUCCUCUACGCUUUUAUUGGGGUCAAGUUCCGUAAUGACUUCUUCCGGAUCCUGCAGGAACUUGGCUGCAUAAGCCAGGAGACCCUGCAAGAGAUCCUGGAGGUGACAAGGAAGGGUAGUGGGAUAGAGUCUGACAACACCACCUCCAUCUCCACUUUCUAGCUGGGAAAGGCUGCCUGCAGGGCAGAACUGGCCUGGGUCUUUCCUUCCCAGUGGCACACUUGCUGUGGUCUCAAUUACAAGUUUCACAAGCAUCCCCACAACUUUCUUCACUCCUCAGGAAACAGGUCCAAUAGCCACCAAACACCCAAAUCUCAUCAGACACCUUGCUUGGCUCUUCCUGGUUCUCAGACUUGUAGAGAUCCAUCUGGCAGCUGUUGGUGAAUGCUGGAUGUCUGAUGGUCACUCUUGUGGAGCUGGAUGAAGAUGGUCACUCAAGUGGGUUGAAACUGACAUUCCCACCUCUCCCUUGAAAAACGGACUGCAGGCAUCUUGUGCACAAAGCCAGGCACAGAACUGGGGUGCCAGGGUUAAGGAAAAAUGUGCAGCCAAGUGAAUGAGUCAUGUCAGUAAACAGGUCUCCAUUUCACUAGCUAAGGUUGGUACACAUGUGCUCAAGGGAAGCCGUGGGACUCAGUGGCCAUCACAACUGGAGAGAUGCAGGUAGGACUGAUGGGGGCUGCAAAGCUCAAUCCAAUAGCAUGGGUGUACAGUGCUGGACACUCUUUGACUGCAACAUUGUCCUCCUGCUGCAUAACAUCCCCCCAGCCUGCCACAACACCCUCAUCUUCCCAACACAGCUCAUGCCAGGAGGUCCUCCCACAGACUGAAAGAUUUGAUUGUCACAGACUCCUUUCCUGACACCAGUUGCAUCCUUCUCCACCCAUUUGAUCUGUUUUACUGCUGUUAUGAUCUUCUGUGAGUGGCUGCUGAACUAAAUGCCUGACUAUGCAAAAGUUUUCCUUUAAGGAGGAACACUGUCUGAGGAGAUGGCUUCUGUCUUGUGAGUGCACACAGGGGAGAGAAACCACACAACCUUGUA